AUGAUUUUGUGCUUGACCGAUGAUAUUUGUGCAAAUCUGGCGGUUAUAUCCGCCGGUCUGCAGACUCUGCAGGCCGUCUUCCUCGACUCGGUGCCAUCUCAGGGCUAUCUUGCCAGGCAUCGGUACUUCGAUGCCAACCGUUCUUGCCGUGGCCUUUUCUUCUGCAUUGGCAUCCUCGAGAGGGUAUCGAUCAAGCUGCACAUAGUCACUUGGCGUCAGCUGCUACCAGGGCGACCGGCUGUCAAAGCGUUCCAUCUCCAUCACUGCGUCCCCCUCCAACACACACAAGCGCACAAACAAGGACGUACGGACCCCGCCUCAUACAUGCACCCUCUCAGCCACUCACACCCACCGCCCACAUAUACACAUACACAUACACGAACACAACCGCACAUAUAA